AGUUGUGGGCGGAUAUGCGGAGGGUGCUUCUUGAGCACGGGUUGCAAUGACAUCAGAACGCCUGGUUCUGAUUGGCUGAAUUGGAAGGAUAGUGUGUACACCUCAAUCCUAGCUUUCUCGAGGUCCACCCAGUAUCCUUCCAAUCCAGCCAAUCAGAUCUCGCCGUUCUGACGUCAUCUCCACCUCCGCGAAAGAGGUAGACGAAGUGCCGCCCCUCAUAGAUGCUCCUCAGCCGGUUUUGAUUGCCGUAUGCGUGUUUGAAUUAGCGUACCGUAUACAACACGUGCUUCAACGGCGUUUUUAUUUCUUCUUAGGUCCGAGAUGAAAGCAGCUACCUUAUCGUUGCCCUUGGUGGCGGCUCUGUGUUUCCCGCUUAUCGGCGGCGUGCGUAUUGACACGACGGACGGAGGAUACCGCGACGUUGUCGUAGCCAUACACCCAUCCGUGACACCGGACGAGAACAUCAUCGUCAACAUCAAGGCGCUGUUCCGGGAAGCUUCCUUGUUCCUACACCGAGCGACGCGGGGUCGGGUCUUCUUCAAGGACGUCACCAUCGCCGUGCCGUCCACCUGGCCCCGGAGAGAGGAAGCAGAGGCCACGGCCAGCAAUCUGUUCGACGGUGCCGACCUACGCGUGGCUGAGCCGAACCCGGAGUACGGAGACACGCCGUACACGCUCCAGCCAAGAGGAUGCGGGGAAGUCGGAGAAUACAUCCACAUCACGCCGGCUUUCCUCAGCGGCUUGAACGGGACCACUUCGAAGACAUACGGCAGCCCGGCCUUCCAGCUGGUCCACGAAUGGGCUCACUACAGGUACGGUGUCUUCGACGAAUACGGCGCGGCUGGGGACUACCGGUACCCGAGCCUCUACUGCGAGUUUGGAAUGGUUCGGGCCAACGCCUGCUCGGUCCGCAUGCGGUUCACGGCUUCCACUAAGAACGGCGAGCCUUGCCGCGUGUACCGGGGCUGCAAAGUGUCGACCAAGUGCAACGCAAAGUUCUACCAGAACACCAGGGACCCAGUGGAAUCUUCCAUCAUGUUCAUGCCCUACAUUGCUGGUGUGUCCCAAUUUUGCGACGACUCUAAACGGAAACACAAUAUCUUUGCCCCGAGCAAACAAAACCACAUCUGCCAACGGAGGUCUACUUGGGAUGUCAUCAGUAACAACGCGGACUUUCAGAACCUAGGUGACCCGGUAGCCGAAACUCAGGUCCAGGUGAAGUUUCAAGAGGUGCAGCAGAGAAACGACAGCCUGGGCAAAGUGGUCAUGGCUCUGGAUAUUUCGGGGAGCAUGAAUAAUUACGAGCGACUGGUUCGUCUGAAGAGUGCGGCAACACACUUCGUCCGGGACGUCCUUCCGAACGACUUCCUACUCGGCAUCGUGGUUUUCAGCUCUACGGCAACGGUGACUCAGAGACUGACAGCCGUGAAUGACACCAGCCGUACUGACAUGGCCAAAGCCAUCGAUGGUUUGGCUGCUGAUGGGGCCACUUGCAUCGGCUGCGCCCUGAAGCAAAGCGUCCAGGUGCUGAAAGAAGGAGGCAGAACGGCGGAGGGUGACACCAUCAUUCUCAUGACCGACGGAGGGGAAAACACGGAUCCAAGAAUAGCAGCCGUGCUGCCGGAGCUUCUGACCGAGAAAGUUGUGGUGAACACCCUGGCUCUGGGUACGAGCGCAGAAAAGAAUCUCGAAAACCUCGCCCUGAUGACGGGGGGAAAGGCGUUCUCGCUGAGCGACAGCCAGGCAAACAUCGAGGCCGCCAUGCAGUCGGCCUUCGUAGAGUCGACCACCACCCAGCUGGACGAAGCUGACCGUCCGAUUACGAUUCUGGACGAGUCCAUUAAACUGAAUAAAAGUAAAACAAUUCCAAUCAUGAUUGACCCGGAGCUCGGUAAAGACACGAAGGUCGUCAUCGUGUCGGACAGCCAAACUAACCUGGAGGUUCACAUUUUGGACCCCAUGGAAAACACAUGCAAGGCCUGCUCCUUUCGUAUUUCGAACUCUGGUUCAAAAUGGCGAACCAUCGAGAUUCCUUCGCCAGCAAUGCCCGGUACCUGGAAUCUUGCUCUGGCGACGAAAGCUGACACGGAUGUAGUAAACGUUCGCGUAACUUCGAUGGCUGUGGCAGCCGAUGACCAUCCCAUUCGGCUGCGUACCUUUCUCAAGAAACUCGACGUCAACCAGGCGCUGGACGCCUGUAUCUUUUCGGAAGUGUCCAAGGGUCCCCAUGCAGUUCUGCGUGCAAAGGUCCUGGCCAAGGUCUUGACACCCCAGAAGAACGUUGGGCAGCUGAUCGUGGAGCUUUUCGACGAUGGAGUCGGUGCGGACGUCACGGCCAACGACGGCAUCUACAGCGCCUACUUCACGCAGUUCAAGGGUAACGGAAGAUACUCUGUGGUGGCCGAAGUUGUGGGAGAUGGAUCGGCAAUUAUUGUGAGAGGACGACGGGGUUCCGGAGGUCUUCCCGUUGUAGCGUCUCCCCCUGAAGUAUCUACAAAUGUGGCAGCUACCGAGAAAACGGCUUCUGCCUCUCCGGAGUUUGGAGCCGAAGGACUUCCGUUUGAACAGUUUGUUUACGUGGAUGAAGACAUCGAAGUUGCCGAACCACUAGAGGUUGUUGGCGAAAAAGCUCCAAGCUUCAGAAGAUUUUCAGAUGGGGGCUCCUUCCAAGUUGACGGCGCGAUCGAUGUGUCUAAGAUUCCACCGGCCUCGAUCCAGGACCUUCGAGUCGCUGAUGUUAUUACUGAGAACGGCACUCUUUGCGUUGUCCUGUCCUGGACUUGUCCGGGAGAGCACUUGGACUAUGGCCAAGCUUCUCAAGUAGAGAUCAGAGUGAGCACCAACAUGGCGAGCUUUCUGAAGCGUUUUGAGGAUGGUGUUCAGAUUUCCGAGAAUGACGUCAUGGAAGGCCAGUUAUCACCGCUUCCGGCACGAACCAAGCAGAACGUCACCGUCAAGAUUCCGGAAGAUGUGGUGUCCGAGGCGAAGAUCGAAAACCGCACAGAUUUCUACUUUUCUGCUCGUGUGCUGAACAAGGAUGGCCUCGAUUCGGGAGCUUCCAACAUCGCCCUGGCUACAUUUGAGCAUCCCUCUCCUGGGCAGCAGCAGAAGCCGCUGGAUUCGAAGAACUGGGGUCUCUUAAUCGGAGUACCAGUAGCUAUCGUUCUUCUCAUGAUUGUAAUUCUGACGGUUGUGUUCGGGCGACGCAGAACGUCGACGCAACAGAUCCAACCAGAACCUAAGCUUCAUCGGAUCCACUAUGCCUCCUAGGUGCAAAUGUUUUCUUUGUCGACGAAAAGAAGUAAAACCAUUUUAAAA